UUAACCGUCCAGCAGGGGGAAGGUAGUCGUCCAGUCCAGCCACUGAGCUGUCCAGCCUGCAGCAGCUUGGCCAAAUCUGUCUCUACUCUGAUUCUACUAACUCAUCUCUUCAUCCCUUUUCCUCCCGCCGUCUGUCUCCACAUCAGCCCAGGUUGGUUCUUUGGAAAUGAAGCUUCGUCUUCUCCUGCUGCUGCUUUGUGUCUGCCGUCUGGGACUGACUGAGGAGCCCAGUCCAGCAGCUCCUCAUGUCUCCGGUACCGCGGAUAAAGGAGAGGACGACUCUGAUCACGACUGUAGAGGGACGUUCAGCCCUGAGCAGCACCGGGUGAUAGGGGGCGCCGUCGAGCAACUGGGUUUACGGCUCCUGGAAAACCUUCCCAUCAGUCCACAGCAGCCAAACGUGAUCCUGUCGCCUCUCAGCCUGGCUUUGGCCCUCGCUCAGCUCACCUUAGGUGCUCGUAAUGAGACGGAGAACCUGCUGCUGCAGAGCCUCCACGCCCUCCGGCUGCCGUGUUUCCACCACAUCCUGGGGAGCCUCGUGCCUUAUUUCAGCCACUCGUCUGUGGAGGUGGCAGCAAGAAUGUACCUGAAACCAGGGUUCGAUGUGAAGAUAUCCUUUGUGGAGGACUCUCUGUCCAGGUACAAAUCCCAGCCUGUUCCUCUGGUGUCUGUGGAGGAAGUCAACCAGUGGGUGGAGAAUGUCACCAAUGGACACAUCGCCAACUUCCUGGAGAGCAUCCCGCAUGAUGUAGUGCUGAUGCUCAUGAACGCUGUACACUUCAAAGGUGAGUGGCAGACGCGAUUUGACCCAUCAGUGACCUCUAAGGGAGUGUUCUACCUGGACAACCAGAACUCGGUACCAGUGGACAUGAUGAAGUCUGCCCAGUACCCUCUACACCUGCUGGACGACCCCGAGCUGGAAGCACAGGUUGCCAGUUUUCCAUUCAAGGGAAACACCAGCUUCUUGGUCGUCCUGCCCAGAGGAAACGUGUCGUCGCUGCUUCCCAAACUGAACAUCUCUGACCUCUACAGACGUCUACCUCAGGAGAAAACCAUGCAGGUCAACUUACCCAAGGUGAAGCUGCAGUACCGCCAGGAGCUGCAGGAGGCGCUGACCAGCAUGGGCCUCGGCUCUCUGUUUUCUGCUCCAAAUCUCUCGGGGAUCUCUGACUUCCCCCUCAAGGUGACGGGUGUUCGCCACGCCAGUACCGUGGAGCUCAGCGAGGAAGGCGUGGAGGCGUCGGCCACCACCGCCGUCACCUCCAUGCGCUCCGUCUCCCUGUUUUCCGUCAACUCGCCCUUCCUGUUCGCCCUCGUCGACGACGCCUCCCUGGCCCCCCUCUUCAUGGGCAUCGUCACAAACCCCGCCCCCGACCACGACCCCAUGCUCCGUGACGAUCCCCAUGGCAACGGCAACGGCACCAUGAGCGACCAACCGACGACAGACAGUGCCGGGAAAAGAGACACAGUCGGCGACCACAGUGACGGACUACACAUGGAGGAAGUGGAGGACAACAGCUGGCAGCCCUGCAGCGCCCCCUCUGGUGGGAAACAUGGAAAUGAACUGCAGAAGAAGACGCAGGAGGACGAAACCUGCCUCAAAACAGAAGACCCUGUACCUGCCUGAGCUCCGACAGCUUCUUAUUAAAGGAACAGAGCAAAUUAACAGCCAACAGCAAGUUAGCUUAGCUUAGCAUAAAGGCUGGAAAACACAAUCCAUCUGGCAGCACCUGUAGAGUCACUGACUAUCAACAGAAUAUUCCCCAGACUGUUUCCUUUAACCCUCGUCAAAUUGACCUGUUUUAAAGUUUAAAAAUGUGGGAAAAAAAAGAUAUUUUCACAGUGAAACUUCUGAUGUCCACAUUUUCAACAUUUUUGGGAAAUUUUUGAACAUUUUUUGGUGGGAAAAAAGAAAUGUUCAAAAAGUUUCUUAAGAACAUUCACAUAAAAAUCAACCAAAAUCCAGCAAAAUUCGCUGUAUUUUGGUUGAUUUUUAUGUGAAUGCCCUUAAAGAAAAUAUUCCAAGUUUUACUGAUAUAUAUGGAAUCACUUUAGAUAAUUUUAGGAUUUUUUGGGAAGAGUUUUACUCAUUUUUUGAAAAUGUUUAAAAGAAUUUUCUUGCCAAAUUUGGGGGACUUUUAUAACAUAAAACUUUUAAGGGAAAUUUUUAAGGAAUUAUUGGAAUUUUCUUCCUAAAGGUUUUGCUAAUUUUCAGAAAUUUGGGGAUUUUUUUGCUGAAUUUUUUGGAUUUUUUCAGACAAGGAAACAAUAUUUUUUGGUGCCUGUAAAUGAGGACAACAGGAGAGUGAAAGCAGAUUCAGACACGCAGCAGAGAUGUUGCUAAAAGUAGCUGAACAGAAAUAAGUCCAAUGCACUGCGAUUCUGGUGAUCAGUACUGAAUCUUACAUGUAGGAGUUAAUUUGAAAUACUUCAAACUCCAGCAGAUUGAUGUCUUUAUCUUUUUGAUUAACUUUCUGAUGUGAUAAAAAUGUGAAAAUUCCGUCUUCAGUUCCAGUUUUAUCUACAUUGUGAUGACUAUUAGGAAAUAAAACACUAACAGGAGGGUGUAUUAAAAUACAAGCUGCUUCUUUAAAUCAA